AAAAAAAAGUUGAACUUGAAUGCAUAUUUUGCACGAGCAUUUGUUUUACGAAAUUAAAUGUCAUUGAAAUUGUUAUGUAAAUAAAUCAAGUGACAGUAUAUUAAUACGAAAAUUAUUUUUAAAAAAGUGCUAUAAAAAUAAUUAUUACUUAUUUGUUAAAAAGAAAAUUGUAAUUUCACAACUUAAAACUAAGAUUUCCUGCACAAAACAUUAAUAAUGGGUAAUGCUCCAGUAAAAGAGGUGUCGCAAGCCGCAGCUGUCUCGGCGGCCAGUGGUGAAACCAAGCCAAAAUGUAAGGCUUGCUGUGCUUGUCCUGAAACUAAACGAGCGCGUGAUCAGUGUAUUUUGGAACACGGUGAACCAAACUGCUCAUCGCUCAUUGAAGCACAUAAGCAGUGUAUGCGAGAUCAAGGCUUUAAUAUCUAAAAUAACAACAUUUAAUCAUUUUUUCUAUAAAAUUACCAAAAAUAUUUGUUACUUAAAACAUGCAGAAGAAACAAGAUGUGUUUUACUUUCCAGGAUGUUAAGUGAAACGCAAAUUAAUGGAGAUGUCGUCGUGCGUUUGUAUGGAUAAUAAACUGAACUGUUCUCAAAUAAAUUUUAAUCGUAAUUACCAAGUUAGAACUUCUAUAAAUUAUUUAUUUAAUAUGUUUAAC